GGACACUGUCUAUAUGGUGUUAGAGUUUCUAACUGAAUCCAGCAAUAUUAGCCAAGAUAACUUACGGAAAAUAGACAAUUCAGACACAUUCAGACUGCUUAUCUGGAAGACCGGGAGCAAAACAAACGGGAAGAGGAGUCUCCAGUGCAUCAAAUAAGAGAACAAGAAACGAACAGGACCAGUUGAACUUGAACUGCCUGUGGGAGAGGUUGCUACAUUACGUGCUCUCCUGUCUACAACCUGUUGAUACAUUGCUUUCGUUAUUUCUCGUGAUGGUAAUGGAAAUCAUAUAAUGACUUUCAACUAUACUCUGACUAGAAUUCUCAUGGUCUUUCUGGUUUGGGUUUCAUCUAAAGGCGUAUAUUAUGGAUCAUCUGGCAUUCAAACAGUUUCGACAACACAGGAGCUGAAAUUUUACAACAUUGGUGUACUGAUUGCAUCCAAUUUGGAUUCUCCUUUCGAUUUGGAGAGAUGUGGACCUGCUAUCGACAUGGCUUUAGAGGAGAUCAAUGAGAAAUUUUUACUCCAUCAUAAUAUUCGUCUUCUGAAAGUACAAGGAAGUUUUCCAUCUUGUAGUGGAGCAAUGGCUCCUGGUAUAGCAGCAGACAUGCAUUUUCUAUCUGAUGUUAUUGCUUUCAUUGGUCCUGCCUGCUUGUUUGCAUUGGAACCUGUUGCUCGAUUAGCAGCUUACUGGAAUACCCCUAUUAUAACAGGAAUGGGUGAUCAGCCACCAACCGAAGGAGAACUUUCUGUAACAUCUGGUAUUCUCGGCAGACUACACAAAUGGAAUAAAAGCGAUAGUGCAGGAAUCCUCAAAGACAAGAGUAAUUAUCCAACACUCACCAGAAUGUCCUACUGUCAGUGUCGGCUUAAACUGGUGUUUUCGAGUAUCUUCAAGGAAUUCGGAUGGAAACAUAUAGCUCUCAUAUUAGAUAGGUCGGAUCUUUUUUCUCUCACUGUUGGAAAAAAUUUGGAACAUGGCCUGAAAAAAGAAGGUCUUCUUACUUUUGUACGAGAAAUAGAUGGGAAUGAGAAUGAAUCGAUUGGAAAUUAUUUACGAGAUGCUAGCAUGUACGCAAGAGUUGUAAUUUUGAGCGUACGAGGUGUCCUUGUUAGAAAAUUUAUGCUAGUAGCCCAUGAUCUUGGAAUGACCAAAGGAGAUUGGAUUUUUCUAGACGUGGAGAUAUUUCAGGGAUCAUAUUGGGGUGAUCACAAUUGGGAAAUAGGAGAUCCUCAAGACUCUGAUGCAAGGACAGCAUAUGAGAGUCUGCUCAGGGUUUCGUUGUUACAGCCAACGAGUGAUAAAUUUCAAGAUUUUGCCGAACAAGUGAAAGAGAGGGCGCAAGUUAAUUACAAUUACAAUAUAAGUCACAGAGAAGAAAUAAACUUUGUGAUUGGUGCUUUUUACGAUGGAGUAUAUUUACUUGGAAUGGCAUUAAAUGAAACGUUGUCCCUUGGUGAGGAUAUAAGAAAUGGCAGAAUGAUCACGAGCAAAAUGUGGAACAGAGACUUUCAUGGGAUUACUGGACAUGUCCGUAUAGAUGAUAAUGGCGACAGAGAUGCUGAUUAUUCAAUUCUAGACCUGGAUCCCAUAACCGGAAAAUUCGAGGUCGUGGCGCACUACUACGGUUUACAUAAGCGAUUUUCACCUGUUCCAGGGAAGAAAAUUCACUGGCCUGGAAGUAGAGAAGCACCCCCACCAGAUACGCCAAGAUGCGGUUUCAUGGAUGACAAUCCUGAAUGUCGAGAUCAUGAGCUUUACAUGUUGAUAUUUUAUGGAUGUUCCACUUUGGGAAUUCUUCUGGUAUCAUCUUCCACACUGCUUUUCAUAAUAUGCAAACACAUGAAAAAAACCGCUGAUCUUAACAAUAUGAGUUGGAGGAUACGACCGGAAGAUAUAAUUCUAGAAAGAGGAAAAAGUUUUGGUUCUAAACUUGCUCUGCAGAAAUUGAAUGAGUUUGGAAUCACCAGUGGCAGAGCCUCCAUAACAUCAUCUACAUCUUUCCAAACAUCGACCAAGCUUUUCACAACCAUAGGUAUCUACAAAGGAAGUUGUGUCGCCAUUAAGAAAAUAACAAAGAAAAAAGUUGAAAUCAAUAAGAAGUUGUUAUGGGAGAUAAAGCAGGUUAGAGAUGUAACACAUGAAAAUACUGUACGGUUUCUUGGAGCCUGUAUAGAGUGCCCAACCGUCCUCAUUAUCACGGAGUAUUGUCCCAAGGGCAGUUUGAAAGAUGUUCUGGAAAAUGAGGCAAUAAAGUUGGAUUGGAAUUUCAGAAUGUCUUUGAUACAUGAUAUCGUGAAGGGUAUGAUUUAUAUCCACGGCUCAGAUGUAGCAGUUCAUGGUAAACUGAGAUCAACAAAUUGUUUGAUAGAUGGCAGAUUUGUACUGAAAAUUUCCGACUUUGGUUUGCCAACUCUGACCACAUCUCACCAGGUUGUCAAGAAUUCUGCAUAUUAUGAAAAGAUGCUUUGGGUAGCUUCAGAGCUACUUCCGCUAACAGUUAUUCCAGGAAAUCCAGCCACGCAAAAAGGAGAUGUAUAUAGCUUCGCUAUAAUUCUGGAAGAGAUCAUAGUGAGAGGUGGACCAUUUGCUGCCGCCAAACAGUAUAUCGAGCUUCAAGAUAUCAUAGCCAGGGUGGCAUCGAAAGAAAAUCCUCCCUUCAGACCAGCAAUAGAGAAUGGAGAUUGCCCAGAAGACCUAUUAGACUUGAUGGAAAAAUGUUGGAGUGAUAAUCCCGAGGAAAGACCUAACUUUGAAAACAUCAGAGGAACUUUACGAAGUAUUAUGAAAGACUUUUGCGAAAAUUUGAUGGAUGAUUUGCUCAAACGAAUGGAACAAUAUGCCACUAAUUUAGAAGCAUUGGUGAGUGAAAAAACAGAAGAACUCAGUCAAGAAAAACGAAGAUCAGAGGAGUUACUAUAUCAGGUACUCCCAAGACCAGUGGCACAACAGCUGAUGGCUGGUGAAUUAGUCCAGCCAGAGCAAUUUGAGUGUGUCACAAUAUAUUUUAGUGAUAUAGUCGGAUUCACUUCCCUCUGUGCCAAAAGCACACCUAUGCAGGUUGUUGACUUUUUGAAUGAUCUGUACAGUACGUUUGACAAAAUAAUUGGCUUUUACGAUGUUUAUAAGGUUGAGACAAUUGGUGAUGCAUACAUGGUGGUUUCUGGUUUGCCAACAAGGAAUGGAGACUGUCAUGCCAAGCAGAUUGGACUUUUGGCUUUAGCCAUUCUACAAACAGUUCAAAACUUCACCAUUCCUCAUAUUCAGGAUUAUCAGCUGAAACUCAGAAUAGGUGUACAUUCGGGACCUGUAUGUGCAGGGGUGGUCGGUCAGAAGAUGCCACAUUAUUGUCUUAUUGGGGACACUGUCAAUACAGCCAGCAGAAUGGAAAGUACAGGAGAAGCCCUAAAAAUACACGUGAGUGAGGCGACUAAAGAACUGCUGGAGAAAUUUGAAAUAUUCACACUUGCAUGCAGAGGAGAAGUCGAAUUGAAAGGAAAAGGAAUAUGCACCACAUACUGGUUGAUUUCAAGCUCUGAACCUAUUUGUCCUCCAACGAUAAUAUUAGAGGAUCAUGAAUCUCCUGAAGAAGAAAAAAGCCCUUAUCCAUUAAUCUACAUGGGAAAUUCUGUAACAUUUUAAGAUUUCGCAAUUAAAAAAAAUAAUUUAGAAUUUUAAUUCUCAAUUUGUAAACGAAAUUCCCAGUGAAUUGUAAUAUUGUAUUCUACCUAUUAGAAACUUUGUUUUGUUGUAUUAUAUUUUCAUUAACACAAAAUAAUUGUGAAAGAAUAUCUUGAAUAUAUAUAUUUUAUUAUACCAACAUGUAAUCUACGUCAGUAUUAAAAAAUAAAGAUGGAAACAUAUAAUAUG